AUGAGUGCUGAUCACUGCGAUGUGUGCAACGCCACGGGAGAUAUCAAGCGUUGCUCCCUCUGCCGGUCUCGCUUCUACUGCAGCGCUGACUGCCAGAAGGCCGACUGGCCCAAACACCGCGCAGCCUGCCGGAAGAACAUCUGGUACGACUCACCCAAGUAUCGCAAGUGCGACGACGGCAGCAUGCACGAAGGCAAGCUCGAGCUCGUUACCUGGGAAGGCAAAUACAGGGACUCGGACGAAAAGCUCGGCUGGGGCGCGUGCAUCGUCGAAGAAUCGGAGGACAUGAAGAAGAAAUACUACGAGGAGUUUGGAGGGGACGACAAGAAGAUGUUCGAGUACUGGCCGCAGGGGUAUCGUUGGACGUGCUGUGGGAUGGCGGGGGAUAUGACGUAUGGGUGCGACCACCAUGGGACGGGCUCGAAGCCUUGUACGUGCGAUUACUGCCGCGCUGGGAAGAGUUUGCCCGACAGGAUCUACAACGACCCGGACCCUCACCGGACGGGUCUCAAACUCAGUCGUGGCCCUGACCCGCGCAGCUAUCGCCCGGGUUCGUUUGUGAUGGACAUGGGCUGGUGA